UGUUUAUAUAAAAACUGUUUAAUAUAUCAUAAUAUUAUUAUUAUAAUAUAUAUAUUAUAUUAUAUAUAUAUAUAUAAUAUAAUAAUAAUAACCAUCCAUUCCUUUAGGACCAAAUAUAAUCCUGUGAACAAUCUGAUUUCAACAUAAAUUUUAUUGUCUUUCAUAGUACUAUUCCACACAGUAGUACAACGUAUGUAAAAACUGAAUAUUCUAUAAUAAAGGUACUUUUACUUUGAUACUUGAAGUACAGUUAACUGAUACGUUCUGUACUGUAUUGUAAAUUAAAGGGACGUGAAGUAAUUACUGAAGGGUUCUGGCAGUAAAAGUUCAAUAAAGAAGAGUUGAACAUUGGAGACGUUCCACCUCCUCUAAACUGGACAGAAACACAAGAACACAUGAAAGAACCAGAAGGUACUUCAGAGGAGUACUGCAGUAUUUGUACCACACAUCUGUGGAACAGAGAGGGUUUUGUGUGUUUUUCUGACCUUUGAUCAGAACAAACAUGGCGUCCGUCAGCAGAGAAACGAGGCGACUCUUCUUCCUCCUACUCCUCAUCGCUUCUAUCCCAGCAUGCACUGGGCUUCCUGAAGAUAAAGGAGGUGUGUUCGUGAGCAGACCCGAGGCCAGCGUCUUCCUGCAUCGCACUCGUCGAGCCAACUUCCUGUUUGAGGAGCUGAGGAGAGGAGAUCUGGAGCGCGAGUGUCGGGAGGAGAAAUGCUCCUACGAGGAGGCAAAGGAGAUCUUCACUCUGCAUCAGCAGCUGGAGGACUUCUGGAGGCUCUACACAGGGGUGGACCACUGCCUGUCGUCUCCCUGUAAGAACGGAGCCACCUGUACUCGGCACUUCGACACCUACGUCUGCAAGUGCCCUCCGAGGUUCCACGGAUCCCACUGUGACAAAGCUCGUCCGGCCUCACUGGGCUGUCGCUACCGAAACGGAGGAUGUGAACAUUUCUGCAAGCCGCUUCCGAACCGUUCUCACGUCUGUUUCUGCGCUCCGGGGUAUCGUCUGCACCGGGAUGGCAGCUUCUGUUUGCCCGAAGAACCUGUGGCCUGUGGAAGACCUCAGAUACAUUUUGCCCCGAGGGUCGUCAAUGGGGAGAACUGCCCCAAAGGACACUGUCCGUGGCAGGCUCUGCUAACUGAGGGCAAUGAUUUUUUUUGCGGAGCCGUCGUUCUGUCCGAUCACUGGGUUUUAACUGCAGCUCACUGUGUUUGGAAAAAGAAUGCGUCUGUCUUCAACAUCACCGUCGGUGACCAUGACCUCAGCAAGGACGACCAGACUGAGCAGAAGCGGCGUGUGGUCAAAGUGCUGAUCCACCACGGCUACAACCAGACCAGCUGGGACAGCGACCUGGCCUUGCUGAAGCUGCACCGCCCCGUCAAACUGGGCCCCUACGUGGUCCCCAUCUGCCUUUCUGCGCGGAACAGCACCUUCAGCCGAACACUGGCGACCAUCCGCCAAUCCACCGUGUCCGGUUGGGGCCGCCAGUCGCUGUUCGGUUCCACCGCCAAAAUCCUCCAGCGGCUGACGCUGCCGAGGGUCCCUCUGCAGGAGUGCCGCCUCCACACCAGACUCAACAUCACUAGGAACAUGCUCUGUGCCGGGCUGAAGUCCGGCGGCCGGGACGCCUGCAAAGGAGACAGCGGCGGCCCUUUGGUGACUCGCUACAAGAAGACCUGGUUCCUGACGGGCGUGGUGAGCUGGGGGAAGGGUUGCGCCACUGAAAACAUGUACGGGGUCUACACCAAAGUCAGCAACUUCCUGGGCUGGAUCGAGGACAUGAUGUCCACCGUCUGAAAGUGGUCCACAAACCGGGAGAUGAACCAAAAGAUGAUGUCACGUUUUAUUACGGAUACAAAUACAAAUGCUGGUGAUUUUGUCAUUUGUAAUAUUUUGUCUCAUCGGAUUCAUCGUCAAAGAUCUAAAGGGAAUAUUUUAAUGUGACGUUGAUGCUUUUAUUAGUUCUGAAAAAAUAAAGGCAAAGAGAACUUUCUGUGUU